AUGUGGUUUGGCUUGCCAUGCACAACUACUGUGAUGAAGUGCUUUGUUGUUUUGUUCUUGUUUCAUAUAUUAGUGCCCUGUUUCAUUGAUAACUGGCAUGUGCUGCAGGAAGGACUUGAUCCACCUGCUUCCUUGACAAGGCCAUCAAGUCGUAUUGCUUUUAGUGAUAUCAUGGAUUCCACAGGCAUGGCUGAUGCCCGGCCAGUGGGGUUAUGUAAUGGAGUGGAGUCUGCAGAGGGCUUGCAUAAUGGAGCAGCUUCACGUGGCCUGGUGGGAGUUCAGAGCCAUGGUACAGCGGCUUCUCAUUCCUUUGCAUCUGCUGUGGGUCCUUCUCUGUCAAGAAGCAGAACCCCUGAACAACAACUAUUUGGGAGGUCUCCCAGUGCUGGUCUUCCUCCUGUGGGGAGUAGAGUAUUUCCUGUUGAGAAGAAGAAUGUUGCAGGUCCAGAUAUGCCAAAGGAUAAUUCUUCUGGCAUGAAUGAUCUGGAUAUUGCAGCCAAAUUAUCUGGCUUAAGCCUGUCAAAAGGUAGAUCUGUAGAUGAAGAUAGCCGUAUUCAGUCUCAGCUUCAUUUGGAUCUUGAUAAACAGCGUGAUUUUCUGUUCAACAUGCCAAAUGGUCAUAAUCAGAGGCUGCAGCAGCAACUGAUAGAGAAGUCAAAUGCUGAAAGUUUUUCUCUUGCUUCGAAUUAUCCUCAUUUAGCAAAACAAAAUGGGAUCAUGACAAACCGUAAUACAUCUGAUGGGCAAGCUAAUUUUGGCAGAAGAACUUCUUCUGCCAGUCUUUACUCAAAAGGGAGUUCUUCAGGCUUUGGAACUUUGGAAGGAUCUAAUGUUCAUUACCAAGAUGCAAAUACUCCAGGCAUGGAGUUUCAUGGCCAUUCUGGGGCCUAUCCUGUGAAUCCAAAGUUGAAUAUGACAAUUAAUAAUCAUCUUGAUGCAGCAGCAUUGACUGGUAGUGGUGAUGGGCAUAGUCCGAACAGACUGGGAAACAAAGUAGGGUCUGGUCUUCAUUCUUCAGUUAUGGACCGAUCUUAUAUUCAGUUUUUGCAAAGAGCUGACUAUGCAACACGUAAUGUUACUAGUCCAAGUGGUUAUCCUCCCAGUAAAAAUCACUUUGGCACUUUGCAUGGAGACUUAGAGGGGCUUCAGAAAGCAUAUUUUGAGGCAUUGCUUGCUCAACGGAAGCAACAGUACGA